CGACCAUAUCUUUAUGAUUGCGACUGAUUAUUCAUUCAAGUUAUUUGAAUUUCCAAACAAGCUGCAUUAUAGUAACUCGAGAUAGAAUUGAAUCUUGCCUGGAAAUAGUUUGUUUCUAUCCUAGUACAGGGACAUUUGUUGAUCAUCAAAAUGUCUGCCGAAUGGAAUCAUGGACUUUGUGGCUGUCUAGCCAACUGCGGGACAUGCAUCCUUGCGUUCCUCGUUCCUUGUUAUCAGUUCGGCAAGAAUGCCGAGGCUGUUGGCGAUAGUUGUUGCUGUUGCUGUCUGAUGUUUUUCGUUCCCAUUGCCAACUGCAUUUUCAUUACGUCGAACAGGUCAAAAGUGAGAGAGCGGCAGGGCAUCCCGGGUAGCUGUAUAGGGGAUGCGAUACUCACCAUCUUCUGUCCGUUUUGCAGUCUUGCCCAAGUAUCCAACGAGUGUUCACAGUUUGCAGGGGGCAUGGCAAUCGACCGGGACUAGCCCAGGUGUAGACCCUGUUCGAGCGUUUCAUGAAAAACAUAAAACUUUACAAUGACUCGAAAGCAAGGUUGUCAUCCGAUACCAAAAAUGGAUUGUCUAAAUUUGGUUCUUUCGCCAAAAGAGAUAUGAUCGUAUGUAUUUCCGAAGUGAACCUUUUAUAAUAUUAAGCCUAUAUAUCUCUUAUAUUGGAAUAGUUUACUUCACUGGACUAGCUAUAGCUAAAAGCAGAAUUGGGACGGAUUUGGGAAUUGUGGCAUAAAAGGGCAUAACAAAAAACAAAUGUAAUGUAUGGAACACAAAGUAGACAUAUAAAUGAAUAAAAAAGGGGGAGUCUGACAGAUACAACAUGUCAUCAUAUCCAUUCCUGUAAAAGUCUAACAAUACCAUCUUCGUUCACUCGGUAUAGAAAACUGCCUGCAGCAAA